AGAUUCAAGCACAUUUAUAAUGAGCAUACUAAAUGAGUAUGCUACUUCCGAACACCCUGGUGACUCAUUCAUUAUGAUGUUCACUGGGCAUGGAUUUGAUGGCAAAAUUACGAGCAAUGACAAUUACGAGCAUGAUGUCUUACCUAUUCAACAUGCGCUAGAUGUGUUUUCCGAGAAAAAUUGUUCGGCAUUACAAAGCAAGCCUAAAGUGUUCCUGUUCAAUUGUUGCCGCGAAAAGCCAAAUCAUCAAACACCAGCUAAAAUUGUGGAUGGUACCUGGAAAAACAAAAAUAAACGCACGUUUAUCACGUACAGUUGUGCCCGGGGCUAUUUAGCAUAUUGCAACGGGAAUGCCAAGUAUACGUACUUUGGGCGCGCCUUAAGCCAUACCAUGGCUCAGUUUGCAAGCUAUAAGAGUCUGGAUGAGAUCAUCAAAAAGACAACCGCGCGAUUGGAAAUUGAUUUGCAGGUGGUGAGGGAAAUGGAUCCCACGGAUGACAACCAACACAACCCGGAGUUUCAAACGUUCGGCGUUCAAAAGGAUUUGUUUUUUAACCCGGGACUAUGAAGUUUUAUGAUUUUAAGUUUGCCUUGAAUAUUAAUUUAAAUUCUAAACACAACUAUUUGUAUUUUGAAUUUAAAU